UCUUAGAGAGCUUGCCUGCCUAGUCCAUAUACUCUCCUCAGCUUCAACCUUCUACCAUAAGAAAGCUACCUUUUUUACGUUUUUCUUUCACGGACCAACCAAAGUAAAAACAUCAGCACUAUAAGAACGGCGCGCGUGGGCGUCCUUCGUUUAUAUCAAACACAAUCUCACCAACCUGGAUCAAAUGUCGCAUACCAGCCUAAAUUACAUUUCUAGCCAAGCUUGGUCUUUGUCUCUUUGAUUCAAACCAUCGCGUCUACAAAUUCAUCCCGACGCGCGCAAACUGCCGCCCUUGGGCACGCAUAUUUCCCCUACUACUUUAAUUCUAUCUGCUUUCAACGCGUUGAGCACUCGAUUCCUCAUCAUAGCAAAUCUCUUCCACUCAAUUUCGAUCUGAAGCACCAGCUCUGAAGGAUCCAAACCAAAUCCUAAGACAUGACGGAGAUCGAAAUGGACAUUGAUAUGGCCAAGCCAGUCUUGGACGGUAAAAUUGAGGACGAUUUCAUCGACUUCGAUACCGACAUGGUUGAUUCUAAUCAUGACCUGCAAAAGAACGAUGACAACUUGGAGAACAUGGAUAGAGAAAUGCAAGAAGAUGAGGACGCUGUGAAUCAUGAAGCCUACGAGACGAACGGUAUCACGGGCGAGGAUGUGGACUUCGACCUACACGAUGUCGAGGAUACAGCAAACAGUCCUGAACAUGUGGAUUAUGAAGUGACCGAGGCUCCUGAGCUUGGGACUCAGCGAUCGAUACAAACAGCUCAGCCACCCGACGAAGACGCGCCAGAAAACGAAGAGAACGUAGAAAUUUUGGAUGAAAUAAUCGUUCAUGGCGAUGCGGUGUCUGACGAUCACGAAUCUGCACACGAGAUUGAUUACGAAUUUGAGGAUAAUGCAGAACCAGAAGACUCACAUCAAGAUGAGAAAACAGCUGCCGCAAGCCGUGCAACAAGAUCUGAGUCAAAUGGAACAGCCGGUGCUGCUGAAGAGCAAGAUGACCACGAACCUGAGAAUGAUGCUACUGCAACCGGACAAGAGUUAUCCGAUCACACCGGAGACGAGAAUAACAUAUCAAGCCACAAUGACCAAAAUGAGCCUCGCGAUCCAAAGGAAGAAGAAGCAGAGCCCGAUGAUGAGGUUGCGACUGGUGAAGCCGAAGCCGAGGAUGUGAAGGCAGAUGAGUAUAAUGUUGAGAAUACCCACGCAUCCGAUGACAACGACGAAAUACACGAUGGAGAAGAUGCGAAUAGUCAUGAAGAAACCACUACCUUGGCAUCAGGGCAAAAUGAUGAAACAACCGAAGCUGUCGAGGAAGCUGAAGAUCACGAUUGUGACGUGGGCGAACAUGUCGCAGAUGCAUAUGACGAACACGCAACCACUGAUACGGAUCAUGUGGAUCACUCAGCUACUGGAGAAGAUUCGAAUGGGAAGACAGAUGAGGGCUUUCCUGCUAUAACGGUACAGUAUAAAGGAGACGAAUUUCCUAUGUUCUCCACCACCACCAAUGGUUUCUUUGCCAAUACUUCGGUUCUCGAUGAGCCACUUGAGAAGUUGAUUGCUGGUCUUCGGAGUGAGCUUGAAAAUGAGAUUGCCGAGGAUGAUGACUUGGUACUCCAGGUUGAUGAGCUUGGCCUCGAACUUGUUGAGACAACCCAAGGCGAGACCAUGUCGAACGUUACACUCCGUCAAAUUCUUGAAAUUUUCGACCUUCUUGUCAAGAACCAGGACCCAGAUGGCUCACGCCCACUGUAUGCCUAUCUUUUUACCAAACCCAACGCAGAAAAGCGCUUCGAGUAUCUCGUCGAGAGUGCCACGGCGGGGAAGGGGCUUGAUGAAGUUAUCCAUCUCUUCGAGACUCCCAUGACUGCUGGAACUAGCAUGCUGGAAACAGCUGCAACUAUCGAUGGUGUUCACGAGGAACUGGACGAGUUCGACAGCCCAAUUGAUGAUGAACAUCACAGCGAGAUAGAUGAAGCAGAAAAUGAGGAUGAAUAUCUGGAAGGCGAACAUGCGAACCCCGAUGCCACUGGUUCUGAGGGCCAAGAGUUUAAAGACCAGGAAGUCGAUGACCAUGAAGUCAACAGCCAGCAGGCCAAUAACCAGGAUGGCCAUUAUGAAGAUGAUCAAGACAAUAUCAACGUUGCAACCGACACUCAGAUCGAGAUAUCAGUCAAUGCUUCUGCCGCUGAUUUGGAGGAUCCAGAGACCGCUAUUGACAGCCUCACUGCUGCUGAUGAGGAUGGUCUUGAGCAAAAUGGUAAAGCAACCUCAUUAUUUUCCACUUUCCUUUGUUGCUAUUAUCCCGACUUCUGCCUCUGUGCCCCCUGUGUGUCGGAGUAUGUCGAAAACCACAACAAAGAUGAAGCAGAAUUCCGGAAAACUGUCAAGUGCAAUUACGGAACUAUGCAAAUUCUUUCACCCAAAGUACAAUAUCUCCGUCCCCAUCAAUCCAAACAUCACCGCUCCCUGUCUGAUUUCAGCACAACGUAUUCUUUCAAUAAUACUGACGAAUUUACUCCAGCACGAGCUGACAGCGAGAUUGACCCAUUUGCCAAUCUCGAGUUAGACGAGGAAGCCGAGUUCAACGGAGAUGUCGCUCUCGGAGAGAAUACAGAGACCCAAGAUGAGGUCAAUGUUGAUGCCGAGCCAGAACCACUCCAUGCACAAACUAAUGACACGAGCACUACAACCACUCUUCAAGAGGAGGAGGAAGCGUCCUCUUUCAACGUUGACCUUGGAGUGGCCUCUGCAGCAGUAGAGACGGCCGAGAAAAGCAAGACUGAUGAUGACGACCUGGACGAAAUCGACUGGAGAGAUGAGCAUGAACCAGAAGACCAAGUACCAAGCACUCCUUCGGCUGCUGGUAAACGAGCCCGUGGUGAUGACGAUGAUGUAGAUGCGGAAGAUGAGCAAGGUGCGAUAAAAAAGACCCUCAGCUAAGUUGCAAUGGUGACUAACGUUAUGCAGAUGCCAAGCGCCGUCGUCCCUGAAUGAUUUCGCCUCCUAACUAACCGCAACAUUCUCCAAUAUCGACAAACAACCCCCCCUCUUCAAUAACUAAAAUUCAACAGCUGCCGGUAAUAUGAUGCACAGUGGCUAUCUGAACUCGACAGUCAGGUCCUUGACCUUUGUCAUUGUUCUCAACGCUAUUGUCGCAGAAGUUUUCCUGGUGGUAAGAAUGCCCCAUGUUUUGAACGACACAAUAUGGGUCACAGAAACCCAUACCAGCGGAUUCUGGGUAGGUAAGAAAUGAAUCCACAUCUACUAAUUCUAUAGGGCAAAGAAAGAUCUUAUGCAUUUCUGCAUUUUAUGAGGUCGAGCUUAAUUGCGGCCAUUGACAACAUGGUCGUUUGUUUUGUUUUGUUUCAUACUCGAUUGUUGAUGACGCAAGUGUCGAUACCCUUUCCCCUUUCAAAUUAAUAAUAUAAGAACAAAAUGCACGAUUCUGGUCGGUAAGAGAACAGGUGGAUUAGUUCUGGUUCUGUAUGAUAUGGUUCGUGGGAUGGAAUGAGGCGUUGGCGGCUGGACCGGAGGGAAAACUCAAAGCUGUGAACGGUGCUUGGAGUUGAAGUUAUAGUGAAGCGUGGGAGAUAGUUGAGACGGACAGCAUUUCUGAUGUGGAUCUAUACUCUACCUACGCUUUAGUCGGGGGUUACUUAUAGCAAACAAUCUGAGCCUUCUACUGGGUUAGUUGGCCAUUGAGGGCGUUUGGUGUAGGGCCCUGGGCAGUCUUUAGCUGAUUCGCUUGAUGAGAACACUAUCUUGAGAUCUGGUCGCUAAGAUUCUAUAAAUAACGUAUCUGGAUUAUCAUGAUAAUCAUGGCGAAGGGGAUUGGCCAGGUAGUUAUCACCAAACAGAAACAAAAGAUCGAAACAGUUUAAUGAUGAGCAUUGAUCACUUAACUUGUUUCCAGCGCCGGGUCACCCGUAGCAUUAAAGGGCGUCAUGGAUCCCUGUUUAAAGGUGUCGGCU